GGCUUGCGCUCGGGCGCCCCAAGGGAAGGAAAGGCGUCGGGGUUGGCAGCCGGACCCCCGUCGCCGCCAAAGGCUGCCCAAAGACCCCCGGCCCCGCAGAAAGCAAACGAGGCUGAGCCAGGGCGGACGAGCCGGAGAGCUCCGGCCUCCCUCCCUCCCUCCGGCCGUCCCGGCUCGGCUCGGCUCGGCCUGGCCAUGGCAGCCGCCGAGAUGGAGAGCGCGGGGGAAGGGGAGCUGGCCGAGCGCGUCCUGCUGAACGUGUCGGGCCUGCGCUUCGAGACGCGGCUGGGCACCCUGGACCAGUUCCCGGAGACGCUACUGGGCGACCCGGCCAAACGGCUGCGUUACUUCGAUCCGCUGCGCAACGAAUAUUUCUUCGACCGGCACCGACCCAGCUUCGACGGCAUCCUCUAUUUCUAUCAGUCGGGGGGCAAACUCCGGCGGCCGGUUAACGUCUCCCUGGAGGUCUUCGCCGACGAGGUGCGCUUCUACCAGCUGGGCGAGGCGGCCUUGGAGCGGUUCCGGGAGGAGGAAGGCUUCCUGAGGGAGGAAGAGAAACCGCUGCCCACCCACGAGUUCCAGCGUCAGGUGUGGCUGAUCUUUGAGUACCCCGAGAGCUCCGGGUCGGCCCGGGGCAUCGCCAUCGUCUCCGUCUUGGUUAUCCUCAUCUCCAUUGUCACCUUCUGCUUGGAGACCUUGCCCGAGUUCCAAGAGGAACCGGCGGAGAUCCGGGAUCCUACGGGACAAACGCCGCGUCCGGGCAUCUUGGCUGACCCUUUCUUCGUCAUUGAGACCACGUGUGUCAUCUGGUUCACCUUCGAGCUCCUGGUGCGGUUCUUCGCCUGUCCCAGCAAGCCCGAAUUCUCCAAGAAUAUCAUGAACAUCAUCGACGUCGUAGCCAUCAUCCCUUACUUCAUCACUCUGGGCACCGAGCUUGCUCAUGAGCAGCACAAGGGGGAACCACAACCGCCACAACAGCAGCAGCAGCAGCAGCAGCAGCAACAACAGGGGAACAGCGGAGGCCAGCAGCAAGCCAUGUCCUUGGCCAUCCUGAGGGUCAUCCGCCUGGUAAGGGUCUUCAGGAUCUUCAAACUGUCCAGGCACUCCAAGGGGUUGCAGAUAUUGGGACAGACCUUGAAAGCUAGCAUGAGGGAGCUGGGCCUCCUCAUCUUCUUCCUCUUCAUCGGCGUCAUCCUCUUCUCCAGCGCCGUCUAUUUUGCCGAGGCAGAUGACCCCGAGUCCUAUUUCUCCAGCAUCCCGGAUGCCUUCUGGUGGGCUGUGGUUACCAUGACUACAGUGGGCUACGGUGAUAUGAGCCCCAUCACCGUCGGUGGGAAGAUCGUGGGCUCCUUGUGUGCCAUCGCUGGCGUGCUCACCAUCGCCCUACCCGUACCGGUCAUCGUGUCCAACUUCAACUACUUCUACCAUCGAGAGACGGACCAAAGCCUUCUCCAAGAUGAUCCGGGAAGCGUUCACGGCAGCUCGGAGGAAGAGGUGAAGAGUAAAAACUCCUCUUGCAAAUCCGUGGUGAACUUGGAGCACCUCGACGAGACGCACAAUGGGACCAGGUCUGUGGAAAAAACCAACAUCAAAGCCAAUAGCACCAUAGACCUUAGAAAGUCUCUCUAUGCCCUUUGCAUGGAUUCUACCAGGGAAACCGAUUUGUGA